AUGAGAAAAGCAAUAUUCAUGAUAAUAGGAGCAGCGCUUCUAAAUAUCAUCAUAACUAUUAACGCUAUAAAUGCGCAAUCACCUCAACCACCACCUCGGUCGUAUCAAGAUGGAAAUUUCUUUUAUAACAAGAUGAGAAGCGACCUGACAUCGAUUUUAAGUAAUGAUAAAAUAUAUUUUUUCGGCGGUGAAACAUUCAACAAGUCCGAUUCAAGUCAAAAGAUAUCGAAUGAAUUGUUCACAUUGGACGUUUCGUCCCUGGAUCUUAAUAAUAGCAACGACACUUUUAAUACCGAAUCAUUGGGGGAGAACAAAUGGGAAUUGCUUGAUUCAAUGAAAGUAGGAUUAAGGCAUAACUUGAUAGCCUUGUCAGCUCGUGAUGAUUAUUCCACGAUAAUAAUUUAUGGGGGAGAGACUUUUAUUCCAAAUACCGAUGAAAGAAUUAAAGUUGAAUCGCAGAUUUAUGAGUACGAUAUUAAUGCGAAAAAAUGGACCAUGAAUCCAAAAUAUCGAGGGAAACCACCACCAAAUCGUUUAUCUUUUGCAAGUUAUGCUCAAAACUUGGAGGAUGGGAUGAUUUAUUUAUUUGGAGGGAUAUCAAAUGAUGGAAGAAAGAUCAAUAAUAAAUUAUAUUCCAUUGACACAAAUGAUAAACGGUGGAAUGAAGAAACUGCGGAUGAUGCGCCUCCCGGAGUAUUUGGGUCAGCUUGUACCCUGUUGAAGGAUGGUAAAAUCGUAUUCAUUGGCGGAGCAAAUUUCGGUGAUUCAGAUAAGUUGACAUUAUCACAAAUGAACAAAUUAAAUAUUUACGACACAGUAAAUGGUAAAUGGAGCAUUCGAUCCACUUCCGAUAAGAAUUUGCCCGAAGGUAGGAUCGGACACACCGUCACAUUAUGUGAUAAUAAAAUCAUUAUAAUCGGUGGGAUAAACCUGAAAAAUGAGAAAGCAAGCGUUCCGUAUCUGUUUUAUCUGGACCUUGAUGAAUGGGAUUGGAAAAAUUUAAAGUCUGAUCAAUCCAACUAUAAUGGAUUUGCUAGAUUUGGACAUAACACGAUUUUGCACGAUGAUCAUUUAUUUGUUACUUUUGGUCAAAGUACUAAUGAAAAUGAUGAAAUCAAUCCAAUCGAAGCGAUUAACGCGGAUAACCUUGAAAGAAUUAUUCAACCACCAAGGAAUUCUAACAAGGAGAAAAGGCGCAAACUCAAGAUUGGUAAUGACAUUAAUAGUAACAAAACUACUUCUAUUCUCCCUGUUACUACUCGAAAUAUUCCGAGAAAAAAAGUGCCAACUUUAUUUAGAGAUUCCACAAGCACUCAUAAUACGACUUAUUAUCCGAAUUUAGUAAAUGAAUCGAUUGGUGAUAUACAAAAUGCCAAUAAUGUUAAAACUACUACGGUUAAACCAAAAACUCCGACGGUGAUUUAUGCUUCAGGUGUUUCUUCCGUUUUUGCUGAUUUAUCAUUUACUGGUUCAAUUGAGGACACAAAUGAAUCAAAUGAUGAUGUCGAUGCUUCAGGGUUCUAUAGAUCAAAAACCGACCUUGAUGUUGUGGAAGAGGUACAAGAGGUAUCCACUCCCUAG